AUGUCAAAGCUGAGGGUCCUCAACUUCCAGUACCAAAUACUGAAGAGGCUUCCAUCACUAAGUCCUGCAAAAUGGCUCUCUGCCAAAGAUCGCCAAAUCUCCGAUCUAAUGCAAUCCUUUCAACCCAACAUCGACGAAAUGCGACGUGUUUUCCGCAGGAUCAACUCGAAUGGAGAUGGCAGGAUCUCCAUUGAAGAGCUCAGAUCUUUUCUGAGUGCAAUUGGGAGGAAAGAUGCAGCUGCUGAGGCCAACUCAAUGAUGCGAGUCGCCGACCUGAACAAGAAUGGGUUCAUCGAAUUCGAAGAAUUCAUGGAGGUUCAUCAGAAAGGGGUGACCAGAAAUGAUAUUAAAAUGGCUUUCUGGAUGUUUGAUGGGAACAAAGAUGGGAGGAUCAGUGCAGAAGAAGUUCUGUCUAUGUUGAGGAAGCUGGGGGAGGAAGUGAGCCUGGAGGAUUGCAGGCGAAUGGUGAGUAAUAUUGAUAAGAGUGGAGCUGGCUUGGUUGGCAUGGAUGAUUUCAUGAUCAUGAUGACUCGAACCAUGAAGCCUUUAUAUGACAAAUACCCAUAUGGAUGUAAUAAAGCAUCUUUGCAGAUUGAGGCUUUGUUUGAGACGUUGUAUCUUCUUGUUGCUGUUCCAGACAAUGAUGAUGAGGCUUUUGUGCGCCACCUUUUUGGCCCUUACUUGCUAGUAACCUUGGUGGUCACUAAUCUUUACGGUUUGCUGUUGUGGCUUGUUUUGGUUCAUGAAGAGCAGUUCAAGCAGUGGCUGAAAAGCUUGGACAAGAACAGCGACGGCCGAAUCAGCAAGCAAGAGCUGCGCGAAGCACUGCGCUCCACCGGUCAGCGCUUCGCCAGAUGGAAGGCUUGGAGGGCGAUCAAGAACGCCGAUCUGAACAGAAACAAUUUCAUCGACGGCAACUCGGAGAUUGAAAAGCUGAUGUCCAUUGCGGCCAAGUGGUGGAUCGUCGCCGGCAACGACGACAAACGCUGA